CUCAACUCUAGCUAGCUCAUUAUAAAUUCUUACUCCUCAUUUACUACUAUAAGAAGCAAUUAAAUUUGUUCUGCAAUUAGAAAUGGCAAUUUCCAAAACUUUAAUUGCUUCUCUUCUUCUUUCUCUUCUUGUUCUUCAGCUUGUGCAUGCCUUGGAAUCACAAUCAUCCUCUAAUCAACUGAGUAGCAACAGUGGAAACGUCUCUGAAAGUAAAGUGGAUUGUGAUGCAGCAUGUGGAGUUCGGUGCAGCGCGACAAAGAGGCCAAACCUGUGCAAGAGGGCGUGCGGGAGUUGCUGCAGCAAAUGCAAUUGCGUACCACCAGGCACCUUUGGCAACUAUGAAUCCUGUCCUUGUUAUGCCAGCUUAACCACCAAAAAUCAAAUGCACAAGUGCCCUUAAUUUCAUUCUCACCACUUGUCUGCUCCACUCCGAUCCGAUCUGAUCCGAUCCUUUUUUUUUAGUAACACUCAAAUUCAUAGUAUAUAGCUAGUGGUACGGUACGUAUAUCGGUAUAUGUUUAGUGUCUUAUUGUUGUACGAGACUAGUAUUUUGUUUUAUUUUAUUUUAUUUUAUUCUGUCUGGACGGAGUAUGUACUACUCCGCAUUUUGUAUGAUAGUGGAGUGGUGUUCAAUAAUGUGCCAUUUGUAUUUAUUAUCUCUAUUUGGACCCUUAUUUUUAAGGGGAAUUUUAAUGUUAUGUAAUGUACCACUGUUUCGGAGCUAGCAUGAAAUUAUUUCUUUGAGGUUGUA